ACACACACACACACACACACACACACUCACACAAAUAAAACCCUGAAGAGUCUUCAAAGGUCUCACACUGCCUGCAUCAGACACAGUGGCUCCAGCUGUUGGAAAGUCAUAUUUGAUGAAGGAUGCACCCGUCAAGGUGGAUCAGGAUCACCCUGCUGCUGCUUCACCUGUUUGGCUCAGCUACCUCAUCCCCCCUUUCUGUGCACACACCUGCUCCUCCUCUACCCUCACAAAUUUCACCUCCCCUCCCCACAUUUCUCCCAUCUGGACCUUGUCCAUCUACCAGCAUCCCUCCCAUCACAGAGGAUUCAGCAGAACAACAACGUUGCCCUCUCACCAUGUCCCCUUCCACAAUGGUGGUCAGGUUUGGAGACCCAGUCACAGCUAACUGCUCAGUGUCAAGGACAGACUUUUUCCUGCUGGGAUGGGAAGUCUCACUGGUGGCUCCUGAACCUACAAUGGAGAACUAUCUGGUUUGGAGUGUGGACAAUAUGAAAGAGUGGAGCAUCUCAGCAGUGUGCUAUGCCGUGUCAAAUCUAGAGGGACCCUGUCAUCUUCGCCUCCCUGUCAUUGUUUACAAGCCUCCAGACAGCGUGUCCAUCAGCUUUGCCAAUCACACAGGCCCGCUUUUCGAGCAUCGCCAGUACACCCUACAGUGUACUGUACAAGAUGUGGCCCCCGCCGGGAACCUCGUUGUGACCUUCUACAGGGGUCAAACAAGACUGAGCCAACUGCGUUCGGAUGUGAUGGAGAAGACGCCCGUGACCGAAGUCUUCACUCUGGAUGUCCAACCCAGGAGAGAGGAGGACGGGGCGCUGUACUGGUGUGAGGCUGAAUUACGACUGCAGCCAGAAGGACCACAGUGGCCUCCAGCAGUCACGUCGCAAAAACUCCCUGCUGCUGUCCUCUAUGGCCCACAGCUACUCUGUCCUGCAAAGCUGCAGGUGAGAAUGGGAGAAAGCUUCCAUUGCGAGGUUCAAGGAAACCCCCAACCUUCGGUUAUUUGGCUCAAAGAUGGCCGCCUGGUGGUACCACCCACUCACUCAAUGACGGAGCAUGCGGGAAAAUACACAGUCUUGGCGACCGGGCUUUUUGGACAGAGGAAUCUUACAGUAGAGGUGGAGGUGAUCACUAGCAGAGGCACUGCACAGCCAGGUAAAAGACACUUUCUGUUUGCGACCCUGCUUCUACUGACAUGGAACUUGUUGUAGAAGCCAAAAGGGAUUCAAGUCUCACUGCUGUGUGGACACUUGUCAGGGAGUUUUGCCCUCUUUUUUUUUUUGUCACUACAGCCGAUAAUGAGGGCUUUCUCUUGAGGACGCCUGUCCAGGUACUUUUACAAAACCCAAAAAUGUACAAUAGUCCAGUACUAAAACUUCAUCUGAGCUUGUAAAAUAAAACUGGAAUAAACAUA